GGAAAAAGGAGAGGAAGUGGAGAGCACACACAACGCACAACGCACAACGCACAACACAAGCGAGAGAGCAAGGAGGGACAUCAUGGGUGGAGUGGACAGCAGAUUAAGACGGCAAGGGAGAGGUGGAGGUGGAGGUGGUGGAGGGCGCCUUGUGGUGAGCGAUGACGAGGAUGAGGAUGACUUGAUUGUCGUGACACAGGAGGAGACUGGUACAUGGUCCCUCAUCCAGUCCCGAAGCGUGGACAACGAGGAAAUCACCAUCUUCGAACACAACCCCGCGCUCGCCGCCAAAGCAUCACCGUCGUCCGCAGUCAGCAAAGCAAGCGUCCUAGAGAUGAUUGACAACGCACGCAUGCGCUUCAGGUCCUUGCGCCACCCUUUCCUGGUGAAAAUGGAAUGGCAGCAGGUCGACGAAGGCGUCAUCAGCAUCGUCACCGAACCCCUUCUGCCGCUGCGGCAAGUCCUGCCCACCAUGUCUGAGGGCGAGGUUCUCCAGGGCAUCUCAGAACUCGCCCAGGCCCUCAACUUUCUCAAUGAGGUGACCAAGUUGGAGCACGGCAAUUUGGUGUGCGACGCGGUGUUCAUCUCAAAACACUCAUACACGUGGAAGCUGGCCGGCUUUGAGUUUUGCAGACCAGCUGAUUCGCCCAACGACGCCGCAGGCUUGCAGACCUUGCUUCAGGAGCUGCUGGAGCUCGCACCAAGCCCAAUGCCACGCGUGCAGCGUGUGCUUGAAGACUUGCAGCGAUCUUCUCGCAUCAGGGACCUGCAGCACAACAAAACCAUUGCCGAUGACCCGCUUGUGUCGUUGCUGCGAGACAUUUCCGACUUUUUCACAUUCGACCACCAGCACAAGCAAUCUUUUCUCAAGUUGCUGUGUGCGCGGCUGUCGGCGGUGCCUGUGCUGCCUGCUGUGCGUCGCGUUGCCCUCGGUGCUCUCGCCCGCGCCCCGCAUAUGGCCGACCCGUCCAUCCGGGCAGCCAUCAUCGCCACCCUGCACCGCACCCCACCGGCAGACACCAACGACAACACACGCACUGCACUUCGCCUGGCGUUGCGGUCGCAGGUUCCCCGUGUGCUGCUGCGGGUGGAUGCUGCUGCCGUUAUUGUCCUCGGCCAGUGCUUUGACGCCAUUGCCUCACUCCUCCCGCGCGCUCGCGUCAACAAGUGCGCCCGCCUCUUCCAACAGGGCCUGCGGGAUCUGGACGACGAUGUUGUGCUGUCGUCGCUGCUCGGCCUCGCCGGAUGUGUUCGCGUUCUCGGCGGUGCUGUCGUCUCACCGUCACGAAAGCGCGUCUUCCUCCCGUGCAUGCAGCCGCGGUCUGGGUCAGCGCCGCCAGCCUCUGCGUCGCUGUCGGCAUCACACAUGAGCGCAGCAUCAACAGCGACCACCGCCACCGCUGUCACAGCACCGCACUCCACGCCGCCACCGCCCUCCCUAUCAGCAGAAGUAGCAUCAGGCCCGCCCCACACGCCAUCGUCAGCAGCACGCGGAAGCAGCGACGAUGGUGGUGAUGAUGGCGAUGGCAAGAGUACUGGCAGUGGCGGUGAUGUGCAGCGAGGUGAUGGCGGCAGCGGGCGAGGUGGACUUGCUCUAGGGCGGAGGGGGCAAUCAGCAGAGGAACGUGAGGCUCGCCGACAGGAGCGGCGCCGCAAGAACCAGGAGCGACGGGAGCGUUUGAAACGCCAGCGCGAGGAGGCAAAACGCGCACGCGAGCUUGAACAACAACAACAACAGCAGCAGCAGCAGCAGCAGCAGCAGCAGCAGCAGCAGCAGCAGCGAGGGGAAGGCAGCGGGAGUGAUGGCGACCGCGCUCAUGGAGAUGGUGGUGGUGAUGGUUGGGGCAACGACGACUCUGACGAUGGAUGGGAGGACUUUGAUGAUGUGGAGCCCACAACUACAGCAACAGCAACAGCAACAGCAGUAGCCGGGUCAGCGCGCGCGCAGCGUGGUGAUGGUGAUGGCGACGUUAAAGGGGGAGUGCAGAGGUCACCACUCGCACAUGCUGGCAGCAGUGGCGUUGGCCAUGGUGGCUGGUCGGAUGAUGGCUGGGAUGCCGUUGAUGAUGACAGCACGACUGACGCGAAAACGGACGAGGGUGCGAAGCAACGCGGUGGGGAGAGGGUGAUGAACGAAGCAACCGCGUGGGCAUGGGGUGAUGGCGAUAAUGAUGCCACUGGCGUUGGCAGUGGUGCGGCUGACAGUGGGAAACACAGCGGUAGAGUUGCAGCGUUGGCAAAGCAGAGCAGAGGGGCAGCAUCGGGACCAAGCCGCGACACAAACGACACUGACGAUGGCAACAAUGAUGAUAACGAUGGUGAUGGUGAUGAUGGCGAUGGCGAUGGGUGGGGUGAUGACAACUGGGGUGAUGAUAGCGACGACGACAACACUCGUGACACCACGACGACCACGACAACCACCAGCAGCAGAGCAAGUGGUCAAGCAUCAUCUGUGUCAACCUCAGCAUCGACAAACCAGUCAGUUCAACAACAACAACAGCAGCAACAACAACAACAGCAUGCUAGGGUGCACGGUACUGAAGGGCAGCCGCCGUCACCGUCGGCAAAGCCGCAAAAGAAGCGAGGAAUGGCGCUCAAGCGAACAAAGAAGACAAAACCGACGCGCAGUGCGCCAACGCAAGAGCAGCAGAGACAACAGGAGAGGGAUGGUAGCGGUGGGAUGGCCACACCAGAACCGCGAGGAACUGUGCACGCUGGCAACAACGACGGCAUACAGCAGAGCAGCGCACCAACCGUCCGUACGGCGCGCGAUGAGACAACCACAGCAGCAGCCAAGGCGGGCAUCAACGCGAACGCGAACGCAAUGCAGCAACCAGAGCAACAACAGCAACACCAAGGGGAGGAGGAAGAGAUUGACCUGUUUGCAGAUCUCGGUAUGGAGUCUACGGCUGCCCGCGCACGAGCAGCAAACGGUGGUGUAGUGGCGGCAGCGCCACUAACAUCCUCCAAGGCCGCGACAACACCAACCGCACGAACACACGCGGCAAAGGAUAGCGCGGAGGACAGCGUGACGAAGGAUAGCAGCAAGGAUAGCGGUAGGACUGCCCACUCGCUCGAAUUGCUGCACGGCGCCAAGCAAGACGAUGACAUUGCGCGUAUGAUGGCUGACUUUGACACGUGGGACAGCGAUGGCAGCGAUGGCGGCGGCGGGGUUGUGUCCAUUGGGCAACUCGAAGGCGACGAGAGCGAGGUGGCAGGAUGGGGCACCGAUGACGAUGAUGACUUGGAUGAUCUCUAG